AAGAUUGAUCGGAAAUCACGUGUCAGAGUGAACGGUCAGUAGAGAAAUUUGAGAGGCUGCUGCGGAUCUUUGAACACUGAAGUAAACAGUGGAGCUGUAGCUCCGUUCGGAUCUGCACUGGAAAUACUAUCUAUUUUAGCCGCAACGGCGGCUAGCGGCUAACUGCUAUCUGAGCCGGAGGCUCACCGGCGACCGUUGCUUCCGAGUGCUACUAAGCAACCAGCUUUGAGCUUGCGAGUCGUAACGUAAUGUAAGGCAAUGCUCAGCCGGCCACCAUGGCCAGUAUCACGCUGCGGUACUUCUGUUACGGCUGCCUGGCCACAUCGGUCACCUGGUCUCUGCUGCUCUUCCUCUACUUCUCUCUCUCCACGGAGCCUGGCGAUGGCAGGACGCCGCUGCAGCACCAUCUCCAAAGCAAAGCCAGAGGUUUGGCAGAUAGGCACAGGGUGGAGCGCGGACCUGUACCGGCCAUUCAGGGUGUGGAGCUGUCACCAGAAAUGGGGAUGAUCUUUAAUGAGGCCGACCAGGAGUUAAGGGACACCGGGUACCAUCGUCACGCUUUCAACGUUCUCAUCUCCACCCGCCUGGGGUAUCACCGCCAGCUGCCUGACACCCGGGACGCCCUGUGUCAUGAUAAGGUCUACCCUCUGACUCUACCUUCAGCCAGCGUCGUGAUCUGUUUCUUUAAUGAAGCCUUCUCUGCCCUGCUGAGGACUGUCCACAGCGUUCUAGACCGAACGCCCGUGUACCUGCUGCACGAGAUCAUCCUGGUGGAUGACCACAGCGAGCUCGACGAGCUGAAGGACGGCCUGGACCGUUACAUUCAAGAGGAGCUCAAAGGCUCAAAGGUCAAACUGGUGAGGAACCAUAAAAGAGAAGGGCUCAUCAGAGGCCGAAUGAUAGGAGCCUCACACGCCACAGGCGAUGUCCUCGUUUUCCUCGACAGUCACUGCGAGGUCAACAACGCCUGGCUGCAGCCGCUGCUCACUCCCAUCCAGAAAGAUCGCCACACAGUGGUGUGUCCCGUCAUCGACAUCAUCUCUGCGGACACCCUCACUUACUCCCCUUCCCCUGUUGUCAGGGGGGGGUUUAACUGGGGGCUGCACUUCAAGUGGGACCCUGUUCCUCCCUCUGAGCUCAGUGGAUCAGAGGGAGCCACUGGACCAAUCAGGUCUCCCACCAUGGCAGGUGGUCUGUUCGCCAUCAACAGGAAGUACUUCAUCGAGCUUGGCCAAUAUGACGCCGGCAUGAACAUCUGGGGUGGAGAAAACUUGGAGAUCUCCUUCAGGAUCUGGAUGUGUGGCGGUCAGCUCCUCAUCAUCCCCUGCUCCAGAGUCGGACAUAUCUUCAGGAAGCGUCGGCCCUAUGGAUCACCAGGGGGUCAAGACACUAUGGCCCAUAAUUCUUUGCGGUUAGCACAUGUGUGGAUGGAUGAGUAUAAGGAGCAGUAUCUGUCUCUGCGUCCGGAGCUGCGUGAGCGGAGCUACGGUGACGUCAGCGAACGUGUGGCUCUGAGGAAGCGACUGCAGUGUCAAUCAUUCCGCUGGUACCUAGAUAACAUUUACCCCGAGAUGCAAACUGGAGCCAAUGUAAACAAGCCGCUGCCGCCUGUGUUUGUCAACAAAGGCGUGAGGCGACCUAAAGUCCUGCAGCGAGGACGUCUGCGCAAUCUCUCAACCGGCCGCUGUCUUGUGGCCCAGGGACGACCCAGCCAGAAGGGCGGUGCUGUUGUGCUGCGACCAUGUGACCCCCAGGAUCCUGAACAGGUGUGGCUCUACGAUGAAGAAGGUCAGCUGAUUCUCUCUGGUCUUCUGUGUUUGGACGUGUCUGAGGUCAGAACCUCUGACCUGCCCAGACUGAUGAAGUGUCACGGGUCAGGAGGGUCACAGCAGUGGAGCCUAGGGAAGUCCAACCGUCUAUACCAGGUCUCAGUUGGACAGUGUCUCUCUGUCUCUCAGCCGAUGGGGCCUAAGGGUUACGUCCUCAUGGCAAUAUGUGACGCUUCAGACAUACAGCAGUGGCAACUGGAAGCCUGAGUUGAAAGAAGAUCUGCUCCUGACACCCCAGAGGACCAGACGUCCUCUUUAGUUUUAAAGACAAUCAGAAUCUUCCCGUUUUAAAUGUUUGUGUUUUAAGUUUAUCUUCUCAGGUUCUUGUCUUUUUUUUUUUUUUUUAAACUGUUGUGUUUCUAGUGUGGAACAAAAAGGCUGAAGAAGAGAAGGAACGGACAGGACUGGAGCUGGACCAGUCACGGAGGGACGACAGUGAAGCCUGUGUUUUAUCUGUAUUUAUUUUAAAAAUCGGUGUUUGAAAUCAAUCCCAGAAAACAAACAGUUAGCCAGUUGGAUGCUAGCAAAGCUAAAGCUAAAGCUAACCCUGGCAGACCUGAAAUGUGGCCCUGAGGUUUUUAAUGACAUUUCAAUACAGAAGCAGCAGAUUCUUAACUGA